GGUGACAUCCCCGUCGGGGCUCGGUUUAGGAUGGCGGGAUGCGAUUCCACACCCUCGUCUUGCGACUGCUUCGUGGCGCUGCCGCCGCACACCGCGGCUCCGGCCGUCAUCUUCGGUAAGAACGCGGACCGGCCUCGGAGCGAGGUGCAGGAGGUGCUUUACAUCCCCUCUGCCACCCACCGGCCCGGGGAUAAAGUCCAGUGCACCUACCUGGAGAUCGAGCAGGCGGAGAGGACCCACGCCGUGGUGCUGAGCCGGCCCGCCUGGCUCUGGGGUGCGGAGAUGGGCGCUAACGAGCACGGUGUCUGUGUGGGCAACGAGGGCGUUUGGACCCGUGAGCCCGUGGGGCAGGACGAGGCGCUGCUGGGGAUGGACCUGGUGAGGCUGGCUUUGGAGCGGGGCAGCUCUGCCCGGGAGGCCCUGGAGGUGAUCACGGCGUUGUUGGAGCGUUAUGGGCAAGGUGGGAGCUGCAAAGAGGAGCCGGUGCCCUUCAUCUACCACAACACCUUCCUGCUGGCUGACCGCACCGAGGCCUGGGUGCUGGAGACGGCGGGGCGGUACUGGGCAGCCCAGCAGAUCCGAGAGGGCAGCCGGAACAUCUCGAACCAGCUCAGCAUCGGGACGGAGAUCACGGCCGAGCACCCGGGGCUGCGGCAGCGAGCGCGCAGCCAGGGCUGGUGGAGCGGGGAUGGAGAGUUCAGCUUCGCGCAGGUCUUCUCCCUGGCGCAGCAGCCCCCUCGCAUGGAGGCUGCGAAAGCCCGCUACAGCGCUGGCAGGGAGCUGCUGCAGCAGCACGCAGGUCGCAUCACAGCAGAGACGUUCAUGGCCAUCCUGCGGGACAAGGGCAGUGGGAUCUGUGUGGACACGGAGGGGUUCCGCACGGCGGGCAGCAUGGUGUCCGUGCUGCCCCGGGACCCUGCUCUGCCCUGCGUCCACUUCUUCACAGCCACCCCUGACCCCUCCAGGUCUGUCUUCAAGCCCUUUGUCUUCGUGGCCGGGCUCAAGCCCGUGCCACAGGUGACAUCUCCCACCUUCCGGGAUGACCCUGCCAAGCGGAUCCCACGGUUCCAGAGCACGGUGGAUCGGCGGCACGAGCUCUACCGGCGGCAUCAGGCAGCGCUGGAGAUGAUGGAGAGCGACCAGGAACGAGGCCAGAAGCUCCUGCAGACACUGCGGGACCUGGAGAAGCAGGGCCUGGAGGGGAUGAAUGCACUGCUGGAGGGGACAGUGGCCCCCUGCCCCGAGGAGCUGACCGACCUCUUCUUCGACUGCGUGGAGGCAGAGAUGAAGUUUUACACCUAAACCCUGCUCCUAUAUAGGGG